UGGAUCCACGUUAGGCCUCAUGAGAAACACGUGGAGACAUUGUCUGAUUAGCACACAAUCUUUUAAAUAAAAAAUAAACAUUAAUCUAGAUACCAAUUACACUAUUUUUAUUCGUGUAUUUUUUGUUACAUGUUAAAGAAUAAUGCGAAGUAAUUCACAAAUUGAAAAUGUAUCUGUAAAAUUAGUUUCUCAAAUUUGCCCCUUGGAUGUUGGAUGGUCAGAAUCAGAUGUCUUCGUCUGUAAGCGAUUGUCUGUAGACGGUGACGGAUGUGUCUCUCCUGAGAAUGGCCUCCAUUGUUAUAAUUUCGGCACUGCUCAUUGUUCCUUGUCGUUUGGCAUUCAAGAUACCGGAUAGUGAGUCGGCUGUAGCGAAUUUGUGGUCAGAAUUUGAACUGCAACUUCAGGACACUGUAUUCCAGGCAUUAGAUCGUCAUGAACGACAUCGUCGAGCUGCUCCAGUUCAAGACGUUUGGACAGGAUUCGUUCCCGAUCUUUAUCAGCAUCGAGAUCAAUUGGUGGUGGAUUCUGUGAACAUCGUUUCUUCCAACACGCUGCAAUGUCCAAGCCAAAAUGAAAAUGAAGUAUUGCUCGAUUCGGUGCAAUAUGAGAAACGGAGAUACACGUUAGUAACUUGUGGUGAUCGCCUCAACUUGUAUCGUCUGAAUUCUAACGCUCUCCAACUCAUGGACUAUAAAAUAUUGUCUGAUAAUGCAAUAUCCCUUGAGCAUUUCAAACUCUUCGACCCAGAAAGCGGCGAAAUUCUUCUAUUUCUGUUGGUAUUAACACCAAAAAGUCUAGAGGUUUACAAAGUUCACAAGGACACACUGGAACUCUCUGUUAACCAACAGCUUAUUAACGAGUUUUCAGGGUUGCGAGUGUUUGACGUGAAUGGAGAUAUUUUUUGCAUGUUAGCUAAAAAGACAGAUAAUCAGAUAAGACCUGGAAUCUUCAAGUUGGCCUUGAAUAAAGGCCAAAUUCACUUCGACCUGGUGACGACAUCCUCAUUCACCGACAACUCUCCGAUACAGAUAUGUACCGUUGAUGGCCAAGGGCAUCUGUUUCAUUACGACGUUGAUCAGAAACGGCUCAACACUUAUCUGUUUGACACUCUUCAACUAGAACAUCACCAGAUAAUUGAGGCAGAAGGAGUUAAGGAUUUUCAAUGUUUCCGGAUAGGUUCGACUCACUACUUGGCGUUUGCCACAUUUCAAUCUAUGAAAAUCUUCCAGUUCGUCGAUGGUUUCUACGAGGCAUUACAAACUUUGCCUCUUCAAGGCGUGUCGGUCAUCAAGCCUUUAUCGCCACCAACUUACCGCGACGAUACUUUUCUAUUAAUCAGCGGAUUUAAUGUGACGUCAUUUGAAGCUUUCGUCAAUAUUUUGCUGCUAGAUGCCUCGUCACUUACAUUCGUACCCAUGCAAUCGACUUGCUCCGAUCCAAUCGCUAUAGAUUCACCGCCUAAGAAAAUAAAACCUUCGGACAUUGGCUGCCUCACAUCUAUCGACAAUUUGGAUUUCAGCUCACUCACGUCAAUCAUUCUCGAUCAGCAAUUACUACUGGUCAUUUCUGAAGGAUCAGUAGGAUGGAUUUUUACAGUCGAUGUCCACUUGGAGCCUAUAGAAAAUCCUGUAGCCCGACAACUACUCGGAGUUCAAGGUCGCAUCGACGCGACUACUUCUGCAGCUGAAAAGGCUGGUGCCAAAUCGCGCGAAUUUCUCGAAUUUUCCAAAGGAAUAGUACUGUAUGAUAGUGAUGUCAAACUGAAGGGCUCGUGGAAGGUGAGAACGAUUGAGGUACCGGAAGUUACACUGGAGAAAAUCAAUCAAACUGAAGUUGAUUUCAAUCCGGAAUCCUGGAUCCCCGGACUUGAUGUCAUUGUCGGUGAUAUCCAGAAAAAGAUGACUGAACUAGAAAGACUGCUUGACGACAUUGAUGGUCGUUUACAAGGUACAAUCCAAAACGCUACUCAAGAUAACAUCGAUUUUGGGCACCUUAUCGUCGACGGGUCAAUGUUAAUCAAUCAACUCGAAGUAACCAAAUUGUCUGUUGAGAAACUGAAUGGACUACCUUUCGACCCUUUGGUCACCGAUGUAGUCCGGCUUGAUUCCGAGCGAAUGAUAGAGAGUCUUGUGUUAAUGGGGACACUGACAACCGAUGCCCUUAGCGCCAAACAAAUCAACGGCAUUUUAGUUGAAGAUGUUCUUGUGAAAAGUGACAAACAUCCUAAAAUCACUGGUAACCUCAUCGUCAACAAUAAUGUUAGCGUUGUCGGAGACGUAAUCGUUGGUGGAACUGUUAACGGAAUCGAUUUGAGUAGUGAAAUUUUGACUUCAAAUGAUACCCUUGACUCAAUUAAUUUCGGUGAUGAUGUGAUCGUUGUCGAUUUAUCUGUCGAUGGACACCUGAACGGAGUUGAUGCUUCGCAUGUGCUACCUAAUGUCGUCGUCGAUCAAACACUUGACGUUCAGCUGGAUAACGUCCAUUUCGACCAUUUGGUGAUAGACGGAAAUUUGGAGAUAAAAUCUGACAUGGUUAACGACAUCGAUAUAAUGGCUUUGAAUGCCAGCGCUAUUAGAUUAGACGCUGACCAGCUUAUUGAAGGCAGCAUCGUUUUUAAACAAGGUGUUACUGCUGAAAAGUUUCUCCAAGUUGAAAUCAUCAACGGAAUUAAUUUUGAUGACUUCAUAACUAAAAACACAAGUUUGGACGACAUCGUCAUGACUGGAGAAAAAGUUUUCCAUGGGGACGUUACCACCCGUGUACUUCAUGUUGAAAAAACAGUUAACAACCAUCAUCUUCAUAACGCCCUUACACUCGAUACAAAUCAAACUGUUGAGGGAGCAUUGCGUUUGUUAAAUGGAUUUGAAGUUCCUACUGGAGAUUUAACCGUAGAAAAUGUCAAUGGGGUUGACUGGAAAGCUGUCAGGGAACACGGAGUGCAUCCUGCUAUCUUAAAGCUGCAAGGAAUAAAUAAGAACGUCACCAUUCGUAAUUUAUGCUCAAUUGAUGGUUCUUUGGCUGCCGGACACUUAAAGGUAAACGGAGAAAGCCUUGAAGACCUCCUGAACGACAUUGUUUAUUCCAAUGGCGUCGACGUUGUAAUAACUGGCCCCAAGAAAUUUUCCUCAUUGAAGAUAAAUAGUCUGCAGGUUGACGGCUACAUAAACGGGUUGAAGUUACUGGAGGAGUUGCUUACAUCCAGCACUGAUCAGACUAUUACUGGCCGCUACGAUUUCCAACGUUUUGUCGACUUUUCUGCGCUGGAUGUUAAGGGCCGUCUUAACAAAUAUGACUUGGAUGAGCUGCUAGGAAGUGUAUUGCAAUUUGACGAUAACUUCAAUUCGGUAACAUGCCGCUUGAAAUUCUACCACGUCAGUGUUAGUGAUGAAAUCAUAGUCAACGGAUCUAUCAACGGAUUUCCCACGGAAUUAAUGGUGCUCGACGGUGUGGAUCAAACUUUCACUGCGCCACAAAAACUAGUCUCUCCAGAUUUCAGUUCUUUGACCAUUGGAGGCAAUCUGAAUAUGACGGACGCUUCAAACCAUGUCAACGGAUUAGAUUUGGACCUCUUCGACCGCCGCAGAGUUACCGUCUCCACGGAUCAAUGGAUUAGAGGCGCUUGGGCGGUCGGCAAUAUUUCAGGAGAUACACUUUCAUUCCGAACACUGAAUGGCCUCACUGUGGAUAAGUGGAAAUCGUCUUUCGUACACGCGCACUCCCCAACUGCUCAGACAAUCAAAGCUGAUUUAUUCGAUAUAAAUGUGUUGGAAGUCAAAGGCGACAUCAUGACUUCAUCGAAUAAAAUUAACGACUACGAUCUUCACUGGCUAAGUCAAGUGGCUGGAGACAUACGUGAAAAAUUAGUUUUUAACACUAGCGUGUCUUUUGAGCAUCUGGAAUCGGAGCAAAUUCGUGUAAGCGGAACUGUGAACGGCUUCUCGCUUCAGCGACUCAAGGACGAUGUUGUCCAUCAUAAUCAGAAGCCCCGCGUUACAGGAGUCAAGAAAUUUAAAACAGUUCAAGUGAAAGGAGAUGUGGACGCCGAACUGGUGAACGGCCGCCGUUUACUCGACUCAUUUUUGCACAUCAGCGCCGACCAAACGAUCGAAUCACCUAUUAAAUUCGCAGAUCAAGUUAUUGCUGGCGAUAUGAAAAUGAUUGGAGACUCGACUACUCUCAACGGGGUGCCAAACUCGCUGCUGUUCUCCUCCCAAACGCUGACUCAUAACAUCCACCGCGGUGACAUCAUUUUCGAGCAACAGAUCGAUGUAGACUCUCUAGAGAUAAAAUCACUACAGGGCGAGAAUUGGGAGCAGUUGGUUUCCUCACUGGCACGAAUCAAUGAUACAAAUAUAUUCACGGGGACUGUUACAUUCACCAGUCCCGUCAAGAUUGAAGGCGCGUUAUCGGUUGAAGAGCUGAAUGGUGUCGACGUGAAGAAGUUUAUCGAAGACGUUGUUCUUGUCGAUGUCGAUGCAAACAUCACGUCUCCGAAAUAUUUCGAUCAGCUGGAAACUGCUCGGCUGUCUACACACAGUCUGUCAAGUGAUUCAGUGUAUCCGGAUAUAAUUAGCACGGCGAGAGAUGCCAUUCGGCUUGACGUCAGUGAUAUUGUGAACGGAACAAUGGUUUUUGAAACAAUCUCAGUCAACCGGAAUGUGAAAGUUUCCAAGCUGAACGACCAACCUUUUCCUUCUGGCUUUGUUACGCUAGACACUGACCAAGAGCUACCUGACUCCAUGGUGGUUGAUAAAGUAAUCAUGCUCGGUGACAUCAUACUGGAAGACGGAGCCCGAGUUAAUGGAUUCGACCUCAAGGCGGAAUGUGCAAACACUUGGAUGGUGGAUGGGGACGAAAAGAUUGAAUCGCACAAAGUCUUCCAAGGCCAAGUCGAUUUAUCAGGAAACCUCACGGUUACUCAGAAAGUGAACGGAAUACCUGACUUUGGACAGGAAGUUGUGAUGCUUGCGAAUGUUGGAUCUGUCUAUGGAGCUCCGCAAUUCAGUGACCUUACGAUCAGUGGUAACGUUGUGAAUGUUGGACUGACAAAUGAUAUUGAUUUGGCUGAUUUGGCAUCGCGAGCGCUCUACCUUGAUGCGCCUAUCAACACCAAUGCCGUAUGGUCCUUAGGAAAUGCUAUGAUUCAUGGCGGAAAUUUCUUGCUACCAGUUGAAGCCAAGAUCAAUGACAAUUCUUUCAACGUUGGCCAGUUAACUGGCAUUACUAGCUUCGUCGAACCGCGAAUACUAAAGGUAGAGGAAAGAAACGUAUAUAAUGCAGCCUUACAAUGGCAUGAUGCGUUGCGACACGCGUAUUUCAAGAUGGAUCACUUGGAUCUCAGUCAGACCAUCAGUCUGCCGCACCAAGUCACUGCGCUUUCCGAAUUACAGAUGAACGACACUUCACUUCUCUUCAUAGGGACCCGCGGAGGUUCAAUGGUCUACAGUCGCAAGUCAAAUGAAACGAGCUACAGUCUAGCUGGCAUUCCUCCGGACACGGGCAACGUGUCGAAAUGGCUUGCGUUGCCACCUGAUUCUGCAGCGAGUCUCUCUACAACUGGAACAAAACUUUGGCGCAUCGUUUCGUCUGAUCCUUUCCGCAUGGACUUGGUUAAGGAUUUUGGAUCAGAUGUGGUGGACAUAACUGACGAAGCUAUCCAUAAUCUUCGAUCGGUGUCGACUAGCGGAAAUGCCAGUAAAACAAAUUCAGCAGUGGCGUCGUUGGGCGGAGUGCAAGUGUACGAGCGCAUGAAGACGCCAGCAGAAAUGUCCAAUUCUAACGGGCAAUGGAAUUCCGAUUACAAGAUGCACAACUUCCGCUUGGGUUCCAAAUCGAUGAUUGCCCUCAUCAUGACAUUCUCACCCGAGGUAUUGGCAAGUGUUGUUGGUUGUCCGGGUGUGCGUUUAUUUAGCACAAACACCGGUUCCAUGAAGUUGGAACACAUUAUUCCGGCGUGUGACGUCCGCGCCAUCACAACUUUCAGUCACGGUAACUUGCCUGAUGAUUAUCUUCUGUUGGCUGAGCACGAGGCCGUUACCGUCUACCACUACGAAGGGGCCAGUGGAUACGUUCAAAAAUUCCGACUUCCUUACCCGACUGCCACUGCUCUUCAUUCUUGGUCCAUCAAAUCUGGAAGUGACAGUGAUCUUCUUGUGGCUGUGGCCAAAGCUGACCGUGUAGCCAUUCACAAUUCUGUUACGGUUGGUGAUUAUAUUGUGGAUUGAUUAUUUAAGUUUGUAUAUUAUUGUUGUCGAUGAAUGUGUUGACACAUAUUACAGUUAAUCUAAUCCUCA